UUGUGCUAUCCCACCAGAAAGAGGAGCUUUGACAUUUUGGGUAGCGGGAUCAAUCCUGAGACAUUACAGGAGCUAAAAAGAGACACUCCCCGAGAAGUAAAAUAUGACUAAAAGCAAUGGAGAAGAGCCCAAGACUGGGGGCAGGAUGGAGAGAUUGCAGCAAGGAGUCCGGAAACGCACGCUCUUGGCUAAGAAGAAAGUGCAGAACAUCACAAAGGAGGAUGUUAAAAGUUACCUGUUUCGGAAUGCUUUUGUACUCCUUACUGUCACUGCUGUCAUUGUGGGUACAAUCCUUGGGUUUACUCUCCGACCCUAUAAAAUGAGCUACCGGGAAGUAAAGUACUUCGCCUUUCCUGGGGAGCUCCUGAUGAGGAUGUUACAGAUGCUGGUAUUACCUCUCAUCAUCUCCAGUCUUGUCACAGGAAUGGCGGCCCUAGAUAGUAAGGCAUCAGGGAAGAUGGGAAUGCGAGCUGUAGUCUAUUACAUGACUACAACCAUCAUUGCCGUGGUGAUUGGCAUAAUCAUUGUCAUCAUCAUCCACCCUGGGAAGGGCACAAAGGAAAACAUGCACAGAGAAGGCAAAAUUGUCCAAGUGACAGCGGCAGAUGCCUUUCUGGACUUGAUCAGGAACAUGUUCCCUCCAAAUCUGGUGGAAGCCUGCUUUAAACAGUUUAAAACCAACUAUGAGAAGAGGAGUUUUAAAGUGCCUGUCCAGCCUAACGACACACUCAUGGGCGCUGUGAUAAACAACGUGUCAGAGGCCUUGGAAACGCUCACUCGGAUCAGAGAGGAGCUGAUCCCAGUUCCGGGGUCUGUGAAUGGAGUCAACGCCCUGGGGCUCGUGGUCUUUUCCAUGUGCUUUGGUUUUGUGAUUGGAAACAUGAAGGAGCAGGGGCAGGCCCUGAGAGAAUUCUUUGACUCUCUUAAUGAAGCCAUCAUGAGGCUGGUAGCCGUGAUCAUGUGGUAUGCCCCUCUUGGUAUCCUCUUCCUGAUUGCAGGGAAAAUUGUGGAGAUGGAAGACAUGGGAGUGAUUGGGGGGCAGCUCGCCAUGUACACGGUGACAGUCAUUGUGGGCUUACUCAUUCACGCAGUCAUUGUUCUGCCUCUACUCUACUUCCUGGUGACUCGUAAAAACCCCUGGGUCUUUAUCGCAGGCUUACUCCAAGCCCUCAUCACAGCCCUGGGGACCUCUUCCAGCUCUGCCACCCUGCCCAUCACCUUCAAGUGCCUGGAGGAGAACAUUGGCGUCGACAAACGCGUCACCAGAUUUGUGCUUCCCGUGGGGGCCACCAUUAACAUGGAUGGUACUGCUCUCUAUGAGGCCUUGGCUGCCAUUUUCAUCGCUCAAGUGAACAACUUCGACCUGAACUUUGGACAGAUUAUUACAAUCAGCAUCACAGCCACAGCUGCCAGUAUUGGGGCUGCUGGGAUUCCUCAGGCGGGGCUGGUCACCAUGGUCAUCGUGCUGACAUCGGUGGGGCUGCCCACUGACGACAUCACACUCAUCAUUGCCGUGGACUGGUUCCUGGACCGCCUCCGUACCACCACCAACGUGCUGGGUGAUUCCCUUGGAGCUGGGAUUAUCGAACACUUAUCACGACACGAACUGAAGAACCAAGAUGUCGAAAUGGGUAAUUCGGUGAUUGAAGAGAAUGAAAUGAAGAAACCAUUUCAGCUGAUUGCGCAGGAAAAUGAAAAUGAGAAGCCUUUUGACAGUGAAACCAAGAUGUAAACUAACACAAAGAAA